UUUGUUGUUGACAACUGUCAGCUUCAACUCCUUCUCCCCACAACCUCGUCUAAAUGGAGUUUGUAAUCCUCCUUCCCACCCACUGUCUUCACUCCCUGGGGCAGGAAUGUUGGCUUCUGUUCUCUGUCACCUGUCAGAAUCCAUCCUCCUGUCACUGGCUUAUAUGGACAAGUCAGCCCACUGUCACGUGCCCCUCAGCUGCUAAAAACAGCUCCGGCACCCACUCUCAACCGGGGCCUGAAAUAAUGUCCUCUACCAAAAGAAAUGUAAAGGACACUUGAUCGCACAAUCCUUGGAAUUAUUUCCAGGAAACACUUGCAGGAACCAUUGGGAGCACCCUUUCCCUGGCAGCGCACACAGGGACGGCCAGGAGAUGAGUGCAUCUUUGAAUUACAAGUCUUUUUCCAAAGAGCAGCAGACCAUGGAUAACUUGGAGAAGCAACUCAUCUGUCCCAUCUGCUUAGAGAUGUUCACGAAACCCGUGGUCAUUCUCCCCUGUCAGCACAACCUGUGUAGGAAAUGUGCCAGUGAUAUUUUCCAGGCCUCUAACCCAUACUUGCCUACAAGAGGAGGCACCACUGUAGCAUCAGGGGGCCGAUUCCGCUGCCCAUCCUGUAGACACGAAGUGGUUUUGGACAGACAUGGGAUAUACGGACUCCAGAGGAACCUGCUAGUGGAAAAUAUUAUUGACAUCUACAAGCAGGAGUCGAUCAGACCAGAAAAGAAGUCGGACCAGCCCAUGUGUGAGGAACACGAAGAGGAGCGCAUCAACAUCUACUGUCUGAACUGUGAAGUGCCCACCUGCUCUCUGUGCAAGGUCUUUGGGGCACACAAGGAUUGCCAGGUGGCUCCCCUUACUCAUGUGUUCCAGAGGCAGAAGUCCGAGCUCAGUGAUGGCAUUGCUGUCCUUGUGGGAAGCAAUGACCGAGUCCAGGGAGUGAUCAGCCAGUUGGAGGACACCUGUAAAACUAUCGAGGAAUGCUGCAGAAAACAGAAACAGGAACUUUGUGAGAAGUUUGAUUACCUGUAUGGCAUCCUGGAGGAGAGGAAGAAUGAAAUGUCCCAAGUCAUUACCCGAACCCAAGAGGAGAAACUGGAACACGUCCGUGCUCUGAUCAAAAAGUAUUCUGAUCAUUUGGAGAAUGUAUCAAAAUUGGUUGAGUCGGGAAUCCAGUUCAUGGAUGAGCCAGAAAUGGCAGUGUUUUUGCAGAAUGCCAAAACUCUGUUACAAAAAAUUUCUGAAGCAUCAAAGGCAUUUCAGAUGGAGAAAAUAGACCAUGGUUAUGAGAACAUGAACCACUUCACAGUCAACCUCAAUAGAGAAGAAAAAAUAAUACGUGAAAUUGAUUUUUACAGAGAAGAUGAAGAAGAAGAGGAAGAAGAAGGAGAAGAAGGAGAGGGAGAGGGAGAAGGAGAAGGAGAACGAGAAGGAGAAGGAGAUAGAGAAGGAGAAGAGGUAGUGGAAGUGGAAAAGGUAGACAGUUUUCGAACAGAGUCAUCAGGAGCAGAUGAAAGUCCAGAGAAAGCCUCGGAGCCCUCUCAGCUGGCCUCAGAGCUCCAGGCUCCCUCAGAGCCACUUCCAGUUUCCUCUCCAGAGCCACCUGCAGCCCUGCCACCUGCUGCCGAUGCCCCGGGGACACAGGGGGAGGUUGUGCCCACUGGCUCUUCGCAGACCACAGAGUCUGAAACUCCAGUCCCUGCAGCAACGGACACUGCGGAUCCCUUGCUUUACCCUAGUUGGUAUAAAGGCCAAACUCGGAAAGCCACCACCAACCCACCUUCCACCCCAGGGAGCGAAGGUCUGGGGCACUUAGGUCCUCCUGGUUCUGAGGAUUCGAAUGUGCAGAAAGCAGAAGUGGCAGAAGCCGCAGCCAGUGAGAGGGCAGCAGUGAGUGGUAAGGAAACUAGUUCACCUGCAGCUACUUCUCAGGAGUUAGGAAUCUGCCUAGCACUUGUGGCUUGUCUUAUACUUCACUACAUCUGGCGUCAGAUUCAGUGCUUGAUUUUUACUUUAAUGGAUUGGAUCUGAGAACCCUCCCCUCCAGGGACAGGCUGCAGCUUCAGGCAGUGGGAAUGGAGCUGAUUCUGAGCCAGCUCGCCAUGUCUUCUCCUUUUCCUGGUUGAACUCCCUGAAUGAAUGAUGUUCAUUCCAACUGCUGCCCCUCUGUCUGCCUGGCUGAGAUACCACAGGCAGCAGGGAACCCAGAUGAAAUUAACAUGAUGCAGAUGAUGAAAGGGACCUCUGAACAGGAUUUCUGCAAAAAACACCCUUGAAUUCCAGAUGACUUAUCUAACACAUUGAGGGAAAACAAUACUUUGAGAAAAUAGUUGCAGAAGAUAUUCAAAAAAAGAAACUUGAUCUUAUGCAAAUCUUUUAUUGUGUGGGAAACAUUAUGAAGGGUGUGUAGGUGUGGUGUGUGUGUGUGUGCGUCAGUAACAAGUGGCAAGUGUUGAAAACAGUGGGCACUACAUUCUCGUCUCUCAUAGGCACUGCUUUUGUUGUUAUAUCAUAGUCGCUCUUAUCCUCUUUCCCUUCAACCAUGCAGGUGGUCAGUGAGGUUCAGCGCCAGUUCAGAGUGACUGAUUCAUCAAUGUAUGGACAAAAGGUACAGCAGUGACCAAAAGUGUGAAAUGUUUCACACAAGUCACCUCUUUUCCAUAAUAGAUGUCACUGAAUGUAUAUCCAGAAAUGUUCUUUGACUCUGGUGACACUUUCACAGUCCAGAAGGCUGAAAGCCUAGAACAUUUCUUGUGACAUUUUUCUAAUCUUAGUUUUAGAUGUGCAGAUAUCAGUCACUUUAACUGAAAAAGACCUUCCACUAGGAACUGUCUACUUUCUCAUGUAUCCACUGUGGCACCAAUCAAUGCACAACUCAGAGCAACUGCAUGUAUUUAAAUAUAUAUACACACGUAAUUCACAUUUUAUAUAUAUGUAUAUAUUUCAAUCAUGCUUUAUUUCUCCCACCAUAAUGCCUCCUUCAGAACAUAAGUAUAACUUUACUCUGUAUGAACUCUUAAAUAAAUGCUGUUUUUAA